CGGGGCAAUAGUUUUUUCUGAUUCAUUUCACAGAUUUUAACUCAAAGAUGAUUUGUGCUUACUGAUGCCAGGUUGCAGUUUGCAUUUUAUUUUUUCUUUCAUAACACUACAACAUCAAUGUGUCUGAACCAACUGACCCUUGUGGCCUUUUUGUGUAGCAUUGAAUAUGGCUGCCAAGAAACAUGACCAGACUUCAGUCAGAAUCCCCACACCAGGCUCCAGAGAUGUGAGAGGAGCAGCUCAGAGGACACUGCAGCCUAACGUCCAGGAGAACAAACACGGCCAAAUCACAGAGACUAACUCUUUUUCCCACCUCCCAAACCGUCCUGCUGUUGUGAGCAGUGGUGUGUCACUAGUCAGGCGUGAUUAUCUACCUAACUGUUGUCGUUGGAUGUUGAUGUGGCACAGAUAAAAAUAUUCUUUUUAUUCUGGUCAAUUCUACUGCUACAGUAUAAACAGGCUGCUACAGUUCAGGAAUGCAUGAUCUUGGUGUGACACACGAACAGUUUAUUAAGGGCUCUAACUUGCAAAGUUAUUCUGCGUACAGUGUCCGGGACACACACCGGAGCCUGGAGACUCUCUGUACGCAACAUCUUUGUUCUGACCCAUCUCCGCCUCAUGUCUCAUCUGGUUGUUGGACUGCUGAUUGGCUGUCUCUGUCUCAGCAUUGGAAAUGAUGUCACUGAAGUUUACAACAACACUGGUUGCCUCUUUUUCUCCAUGCUCUUCCUCGUGUUUGCUGCACUGAUCCCAACUAUCCUGACCUUUCCUCUGGAGGUGUCUGUCGUUUUGAGGGAACAUCGCAACAACUGGUACAGUCUGGAGGCCUAUUACUUGGCCAGAACUGUAGCUGCGCUACUUGUACAGGUGAUUUAUUCAAUCAUUUACUGCAGCAUUAUUUACUGGAUGACUGGACAGCCUUUCGUGGCCUAUCGCUUCCUAAGCUUUGUGGCCAUAGCCACGUUGACAGCACUGGUAGCCCAGUCACUUGCUCUCUUCAUAGCGGCUGCAUCACCAUCAGCAGAAGUUAGUUCAUCUAUCUAUGCAUCCAUCCACUCUUCACUGUACAACUCUUUCUAAAACAGUUAUUGCCUUAUCCACAGGUGGCCACCUUGACCUAUACAAUCAUAACUGUACUGCUGAUCAGGUAAUAUACCAAAAACACUCAGUUGUAGUAGUUGCACAAAAAUAGUACCAGGGGCAAAUACUCUGAU